AUGAGUGUGGAAGCAGACCCGACUGUGGUGAGGUUAAACACUUCGGAAACAAGUAACAAUUCCAAAGAAGGACUUAAGCGGCUCAACUUUCUAAAGCGAUACAAGGCACUGAAAAUUAGGAAGCAUGGUACAAAUAAAACAAAACCUGGAGAGAGCGAAAAGAACCCUAUAGUCAUUGAAGAAAAGCCAGAAAAGGAUAAUGCGGUACCUGUUUCCAAUAAUUCCCUUGCUAAGUGGUAUCAAUCGUUUAUGGCUGACAAUGCCGAAGAAAAAUCAGAUGAGGCCGGAAACCAGGAGAAAAAAGAUGUAUUUCAGAAUAAAUACAAGGAUCAAUAUAUCCAAAGUGAUGGGGAUGAAAUUGGAACAGAGGAGGAUGAUCCAGAACAAUAUUAUACAUUUACUGCAGACGUUGCAAAGCCAAAGCCAAAAGUAACAUACGAGAGUGCAGACCAGAAGCUAUUCGAAAGGCCACGAACAAACAAGUUUGUUCAAUUUUUUCUGACACCAGCUGAAAAAAUGAAGAUAGCCGAUGGACUCAAGAAAAUGGUCGGUGUCAAGGAUAGUGGUAAACACAUGGAUUUAGAUUUGUUCGAUACAGACAUUCAGUCGAUGCCAAUGGUCAACUCUUUCUCAAGAAGUAAUGGUCAGUGGGGGCUGAAUGAAAAUGAAGAGGGAGAAGAAGAUACAAUUUAUUAUAAGGGGAGUAUAUCAAAAGAUAGCGUUAAUGACACCGAUAUGGGACAUUUCUCUAAGGCCACGAUCGAUGAAAACCAACAGCCAAUACGGCAUGUCCAAAGACGAAGUGAGCGGGUGAUGAAGCCAAAUGGGGAAAUGAGGGAGGUAGUGCAAGAGGAGUUUAUAGAGAGAACUGAAAAGAGAAGACGAAAUAGAGCUUUUGCAGAAGGACCUUCAUCGUUCGGGUCAGAUUUAGCAGAGUUGUACAAAAACAAACGAAUACCGGCACCUCACAAUUCAUUAUUCAAAAGACGAAUGAAGGAUUUCCAGUAUUACACAAAUGGGGUUGACAUUCCAGGAUAUAAGCGGUCAUCAAUGCUUAAUAAUGGGCAUUCUUCGGAUUCAUCAUCCUUUAUUAACAGGGCUUUACCCAGCAUUCCUCCUCCUCGAGCAAGGGCUAGCAGAAGAGGAAGCACACAGUUGGCAUUGCAUCCUAAAUCUCGCAGUGUGAGAGGGUCAAAUCAAAGAAUGGCUUUUGGAAGUGAACCAACUCACGUUAAUGCAGAUCUUGGCAUGCUGAAAGGUAAAAUCAUAGGGAUACUUCACACAAAUUACGAUGCCAACAUAUUAGAAUUUCAUGCAAAUGUGCGGAAAUUGCUUUCGAUGAUUCCUAUAAUAUCGUACAUCGAGCCGUUUCUGGCAGUAUUAGAAGUCGCAAUUCCUAAAAGCAACAACACAGAGUUCACAAAUCCCGCUGCUUUACUCAUAGCGGUGAUUGAUGGAAUAAUUUCACUACUUGCGAUGUAUUGGGGUAUUAAGCUCUACAUUGUGAUUGCCCGUCUUUUCAAAAGUGUUCUCUGGGUACUGGUGAAGAUUGGGAUAAUAUAA